AUGGCGAGCGCCCAAGGAGGAGGUGACUCCAAGCUGUUCGCUCGGGGCAAAGUAGCUGAGCUGCGCCUCGAGCUGAACAGCGGCGGGAAAAAGGACAAGAACUAUUCGGUCAAGAAAGUCGCCCUCAAGAAGAUCGUUGCGAACAUGACCAUGAGCAACAACGACAUGGUCGCCCUCUUCCCGGACAUAAUCAGCUGCAUGAACAUACCGAGCCUCGAGAUCAAGAAGAUGUGCUUCUUGUUCCUCGUGAACUAUGCCAGGAUGCGGACGGAGAUUGCUGUCAAGGCAAUACCUGUGCUCGAACAUGAUAUGGAAGAUGCAAAUCCACUCGUCAGAGCUCUGGCGCUGCGCACCAUGUCAUACAUCCACGUAAGGGAAUACGUCGAGGCUACAGUGCCACUCGUGAAGAGACUCCUGCAAGACUUGGAUCCAUACGUACGCAAGACCGCGGCGUACUGUGUCGCAAAGCUCUACGACCACGACAGGCAUAUGGUGGAGCGUUCCGAUCUUAUCGACAGGCUCAAUGGUUUAUUGAGGGACGACAAUCCCACAGUUGUCGCAAGCGCUUUGGCAAGCCUGAUGGAUAUUUGGGAGAGAAGCGAUGCUAUUAAGCUUACCAUCGACUACUCCAAUGCUUCCAAAAUGGUUGCCAUCCUCCCGGACUGCUCCGAAUGGGGUCAAACAUACAUUUUAGAAGCUCUCAUGUCCUACGUGCCUCAAGAGUCAGGAGAAGCCCUCUUGCUCGCUGAGCGCAUCGCACCACGGCUCUCGCACUCCAAUUCAGCCGUGGUCUUGACAUGCAUAAGAGUCAUUCUUUACCUCAUGAACUACAUCGCCGACGAGAGACAAAUAUCCGCGCUUUGCAGGAAGCUUUCGCCGCCCCUGGUGACGCUCCUCGCGAAAGGUCCAGAGGUUCAAUACCUGGCCUUGCGAAACGCUUUACUCAUGCUCCAGAGGCGACCGGAUGUUUUGAGGAACGAUAUUCGGGUGUUUUUCUGCAAAUAUAACGACCCAAUCUACGUCAAGGUCACCAAGCUUGAGCUGAUAUUUAUGCUCGCAACCGAGAAGAACAUCGACGAGGUCUUGACGGAGCUGCGGGAAUAUGCAACAGAAAUCGAUGUUCACUUCGUGCGUAAGGCGGUUCGCGCCAUCGGUAAGCUCGCAAUCAAGAUUGAGCCGGCUGCAAGACGGUGCAUCAACCUUCUAUUGGAACUGGUCGCCACCAAAAUCACAUACAUUGUGCAAGAGGCGACAGUGGUCAUUCGAAAUAUCUUCAGGAAAUAUCCCAACCAGUACGAGUCAAUUAUCGGGACACUGUGUGAGCACUUGGACAGCCUGGACGAACCGGAGGCCAAGGCAGCUAUGGUCUGGGUCAUCGGGCAGUAUGCAAGUCGCAUCGAGAACAGCGACGUGCUCCUGGAGGAUUUCUUAUUCUCCUUCGCAGAGGAGCCCGUCGAGGUGCAGCUGGCGCUUCUCACCGCAACGGUCAAGCUCUUCAUACAGAGACCUACGAAGGGCCAGGAGCUCGUCCCCAAGGUCCUGAAGUGGGCAACAGAAGAGACAGACAACCCAGACCUCCGCGAGCGGGCGUACAUGUACUGGCGUCUCCUCUCCACCGACAUGAACCUAGCCAAACAGGUCGUCAUGGGUGAGAAGCCUCCAGUCACUGCCGAGUCUGAGCGCCUGGACCCGCAGACACUUGAGGAGAUGUGCCUCAACGUUGGCACCCUCGCGACCGUUUAUUUGAAGCCUGUGCAGACUGUUUUCCGCAACGCCCGCCCGCGACGGCUGAUAGACUCGCCAGCCCUUCAAAAACAUAACCUCCCAGUCGGCUCGGGACCCAUGGCCGGCUUCGACACCAACAAGUCUCUCUCUCAAUUCGGCUACGGCGGACAGCCGUCGGACGUAGACCCGAGGGACCGCGCGGCGGCCGCGCCAGGUGGCGACGGUAACCUCGCGCAGGCAGUCAACGACGCGGACGCGUACUUUGCCGGCAUCGGCAGCCAGCAGAUGCAGGCCAUGCGUAUCCAGGACGUGGACGGUGAUAAUACCUUUGGCGGCGGCAGCGGCCACGAGGCCGGAUAUGUGGUAAAUCAGUAUGCGCCGCAGCAGGUGUUCCAGCCAGCACAGGGAGUAGGGUCGAAUGGGGAUUUGUUGAUGUUCUAG